CACCGCUAAAGGCAUAAAUUUACCCAACAUGUUCGCAUCAAACACAAGCCAAAAUCUCACUACCGUAAUAUUAGGACCUUGACCUAACCAUCAACUAUCAUCUUCAUCACUCCCGUAAGCUACAAGGCCCAUUAUCCCAGCUCCCUUUUCCCCAUUCCUCUUCUCUUCCUCCUUCGAUUCUUGAGCAAGCGCCCCCCCUCUCUCUUUUCCGGGGUCCCUCUCCAACGGCUUCUCUCUAGUCGUAGAACUCCUCCUCCUAACCUUAACCCCCAACGUUCUACUAGCCACCUCCUUCCUCCUCCUCUUUUUUCCACUAGCCCACAAAGCCGUAUCCUGAUCUCCACCAUCUCCACCACCAGACUUAUCAGCCUCUGACUGUUGUCUCCGAAAAUCAUCGAGCCGGCUCUCGAGUUCCUCCUUCCGCGCGUCUUCAACCGCCUUUUCUGUUUUCAGAAUUGAGUCCUGCACCAAUUAAUCUCAAGAGCGCUCGAAGAACUUCAGUGGGGAGGGGGGGGGUGUACCAGAUAGUCCACAUCAUCCUCGUCCAGUGUCUUGAACUGGUUCUUGAACUUCAACUUCUCUUCAAACUCUUCCUGCUUCUUUGCUACCAAUUCACCACGAUUAGCGACUCUCCCUUUGUAUGGAGACAGCGCAAUACCUUUAUUCGCUUGUAGGAUCUCGUACAAGCUUCGCUCGUCCUGCGCUUCCUCCUCUUUCGGCUUCCUUGCCGCUUCAACAGCCUCCUGGGCGGCACUCCAUGGGUCAAGGCGAGGGGGCUCGUUAGACGUGUCUUCUGGAAUGGCGGUACCGGCGGAGACAAAUCCGGAGGACAUUAUUGACGUGAAAGUUGACGUUUAGUUCACCGCGAUGGCCAUGGAUGACAUUUAGUCAUCACGGAAGUAACCGUAGAGCCGCAUUCUUGGCACUUUCCCUCUCAGGCACAGAAUGGGGCAAGAGUGGACGGAACAUUUAUUUGAGUCUAACCUGCCCAAGGUAUACCUGUCAGUUCCUAUUACUAGCAAGGAUCCUUAUUAUUAUUAUUAUUGAAUCCUCUAAUUUAUCUGCAAUCUAAUCUACAGGGAAAUGAUGGCAAGUGCCCGACGACCGGCACCUCACGAAGUGGAUGACUUGGUGGAUGGAACAUGGCUACCUAGGUUUGGGCGUCCCGGCAAGCCUCCCAGAGGAGAUGAGAUUAAAGCUGGUUUUGGGAACCUGUUUGAUGAGGGUGUUGUGGUGGAAGAGAAUGGGAAACGGACCACGGAGAGCAUUGGAUAUAAAGAGGUGUUGAUAUGAAAGGGCGUUGGUUUUUCGUGGAGGAAGAGAAAACAGAAUGCAAAGCUUGUAGGAAGAGAUUUUGGGCUGGAAGCUCAGGAAAGAAGGGUGGAUCUGAGUUGCCCAAACACCUAAGGAGAAUUGAAGCCUCCAAGGAGUUUAGAGAGAAACGGGAGACCUAUGAGGACCAUAUGAGGCGCUCGCUGAUGCCUAAGUGGUCGUUUGUUGGGCGUCUGGGGCGAACUAAUUGUGGGAAGUGCCGGGGGGCUUGUGGGACAGGGGAGAAUUUGGGAUUGCACAGAGGACGGAUAAAAAUUGUUAUGAGGUGAUAGAGGGAUUGCGUGAGGAGCAGGCUCCUCGUGGAGAUGUUGAUUGAGUCUGUCUAGUAAUCUGUUUUGUUUCAUUUUGUUUGGGGGUUCCAUUGUGGAGGAGUGAUUGCGAGACCGGCCUGACGGUGGUAGCGUUUUGCGGUUAUUGGUGUUCCUGCCAGCCAACCUUGACUUUGGCUAUGAGAGUAGGUGAAAGAUUGUGUUGGGUUGGCCUAGAAUACCUCAUGGAAUGCAAUGGCUUGGGAUAGAGGACCAGAAUUGGAAUGCUUCCCGGUAGUUUAGUGCCGAAUAUAGUUUAUUGCCUAAAUCAUGGCCUAAAAAACCCCAA